AUGGUCUUCACCCGAUCCGGGCGAUCGGUCUUUCCGCUGCUCCCACCAUAUGGAGCUCACGAUUCCAGCACUGGCCGCAUCAUCCCCCUACACCCGGACGGCCUCACUCCGUAUCUGGGACUCCGAGCUCGACUUUCACAAGUGUGGAUCAAUCGCUGGACGAUUCUUCUGCUCCUUGUCCUCGUUCGAUUGCUGAUUGCAGUCGGCGAUGUGCGAUCCAAUAUGGCGUCCGCCAAGCGCGAGGCGCUUUCCGCCUGCACUUCGGUAGAAUCUAUGGGCAGCGCGAUGGCUUCGAUGCCCCAUUACCUGUCCAGAGGCACCAAUGAACUUGUAGCCGAUUCUGUCGACAGUGCGGUGUCUGCUCUGAAAUCAAUGCUGUUGAUGACUAUCACUGGUGUUGGAGAGAUCCUCUGGUUUGUUAUUAAUAUGAUGUACUCGACCUAUGCCUGUCUCAUCACGAUGGCCGUGCGUGGUACAGUUGGGGCUGGUAUCGAGGUGGUCAAAGAGGCGACUGAGUGGAUCAACAAAGCACUGGGCUCACUUGGUGACGAACUUGGAAGCACCGUCGAGAAGUAUGGGGACGAUUUGCAGAGCAUCUUAGACAAAAUCAACGGUGUGGCCACAAUGACCGGCGCAAAACCAACCAACAUCAAUCUGACCAGCAUAAUCGACGAAUUGGAGAAUUUAUCUCUCCCUUCCUCGGUCAACAGCACGGUCGAGAAGUUAGACAGUGUUGUUCUUCCUAAUUUCAAGGAGAUCCAGAACUUCACCAAAACGAUCUUCCAAACCCCGUUCCAGGAGGUCAAGGAUCUAGUCAAUCAAUCCUUGGGAACUUACAGCUUUGAUCGCUCGUCUCUUCCCGUCCCGGCAAAGAAGCAGUUGACCUUUUGCAACGACAACAGUGGAAUCAAUGAUUUCUUCAGUGGAGUCACAGAUCUGGUCUUGACGGCCCGCAAAAUCUUCCUUGCCGUUCUCAUCGUGGCUGCCAUCCUGGUAUGCAUUCCGAUCGCGUGGCAAGAAGUUCGUCGAUGGCGCUCGAUGAAGGAACGCUCUCAGCUGGUUCGCAAAGAAGCACACGACCCAAUGGACGUUGUUUACAUUGUUUCGCGACCAUAUACCGCCGCCGCAGGUAUCAAAGCAGCAAGCCACUUCAGCAACAGCCGCCGACAAAUACUUGUGCGGUGGGCAAUCGCCUAUGCAACAUCUCUGCCUGCUCUCUUCGUCUUGGCUCUCGCUCUCGCGGCGCUUUUCUCCUGUUUAUGCCAGUGGAUUCUUCUCCAUUCCAUCAAGAAGACUGUUCCCGCUUUGAGCGCAGAGGUUGGGGAGUUUGCCGACAAAGUAGUGGGCGCACUAGAGAGUGCCUCAACUGAUUGGGCUACCGACGCCAAUAAGGCCAUCAUCAACCUCGACAACGAUCUUAACCAGAAUGUCUUCGGAUGGGUCAAUACCAGCACUCAUGCCAUUAAUGAGACAUUGAACUUCUUCAUCUACAACACAUCCAGUGCGCUCAAUGAAACGUUCAAAGGGACCAUCUUACAGGACCCCAUCUACGAACUAUACGAGUGUCUGAUCGGCCUGAAAGCAGAAUCUCUCCAGAAGGGACUGAACUGGGUGUCUGAGCAUGCGCACAUUUCCCUUCCUACCUUGCCCAAUGACACUUUCUCCGCCGGUGCCUCGGACAGUAUCAACGACAAGUCCUCGAACCCCUCUGACAGUUUCCUCGCCGACGCAGGUGAUGAGACUUCCAACAAGAUCACCGAGGUUGUCAUCAGCGUCAUCAGCAAGCUACAAGACGCUCUACGCAUCGAAGCCAUCAUUGCCACAGCCAUUCUUCUGCUUUGGGUUUUUAUCGCCUUGAUCGGCAUCGCUCGCGUCAUGAUGCUUUUCUGGAGUCGGGAAAAGCACCGUGGGGAGGGGGGCCAGGGCCAUGUGAUGGAUCCCAUACCUCGGGGUGGUCCGCCUGAAGAUCAGCAUGGUUUCACUGAAGUGCCGCUCACGGCCUAUCCAAAGCACACCGAUGAUCAUGUUGCGCCUCAAUACACUGCUGCAUCGGCUGCAUCGGAUGAGAAGCAUGGAUUUGCUGGGCAGAGGAAUUACGGUAAUGCUUUGCAGGUUGAUCCCACCCCGGUCGUUCGCGAAAGCAGCUAUGUCGAAUACGACGUAAAGCGAUGA